AUGGAAAUUUUGGAGGCAGAAACAACCACCUUAGAUUAUCAAUUUUCACAUGAUCCAAGGAGGUUUCAACUAAUUCAUCAAACAUCAUUCGGAAAGAGGCAUCUCAAUUUUUGGAGCGAACACCGCUUUCUACGUUUCCCAGUUUGUUUGUUGAGGCAAUUUUAUGGAUCAGUAUAUAAAGUAGACUACUUAACUCUCCGGCAUGGAUUCAUAAUGGCACAUUUUGCUGAAGGAACAGAGUUUGAUUUUCACAAGUAUAUAAGAAGAGCUUUAGAUAAAGAUUUUAAAGUUGAAGUUGGAGUUAGCCCAUGGAUUUGGACCUUUUCUAUGCUCUUCAUAUUCUUCAAUGCAAAUGUGUUCCAUAGCACCUAUUGGCUUCCUUUCAUUCCUCUAGCGAUGUUGGUGGCUGUUGGAACAAAAUUACAAGGCAUAAUUACAAAAAUGUGUUUGGAGAGCAAUUAUAAGUCAAGUGUUAUUAGAGGAAAUUUAGUGGUUAAACCUGAUGAUCAAUUCUUUUGGUUUGGAAAACCCAAACUUCUUCUUCAUCUCAUGCAUUUCAUCCUCUUUCAGAACUCGUUUCAGUUGGCAUUUUUUACAUGGACAACGUACAAUUAUGGGUUAAAUUCUUGCUUCCACCAUAAAACAGUAGAUAUUGUGACAAGGCUUGUUAUGGGAGUGCUUGUUCAUUUUCUCUGUGGAUAUGUCACAUUGACUUUAUAUGCUCUCCUUACUCAGAUGGGAACCAAAAUUAAAAAUAGUGUCUUGACUGAUGAAAUAAUUAGUGGGCUAAAAAGAUGGCAAGAAAAAGCAAAGAAAAAAUUGGCUAAAAGAAGCAAUUACUUGUUAGCACAAAAUUCAUUAUCUUUAAAUAUUUCACCAUCUUUUAAAACUUCAUUGGAUGUUACAUAUUUAUCAACCGAUACUGAAAAUGAUGGAGAAAAUGUAGAUGAUCAGAGACAAAUUCAGCAACACAUAGAAUUUGGAUCUUUUGGUGGAUUUCACUUGAGUACAUCUACAGCAGCACAACACUAGAAUGUUUAUAGUAUAAUUUUUUAGAGGCGAAUUCAGAAUUUAAAGUAUAUAUAUAUUUAAAAUGAACGCGACUUUAUUAUUUGU